AUGUCCCUGCGCUGGCCACUGCUUGGGGACACCACCGACGACCACACGCUGCUCUGGCUCCUGAACCACCUCCGCCUCGGCAUCCCCGAGCUCAUCGUCCAGGUCCGGCACCACAAGCACACCCGCGUCUAUGCCUUCUUCGUCACCGCCACCUAUGAGAGUUUGCUGCGUGGGGCCGAUGAGAUCGGGCUGCGAAAGCCGGUGAAAGCUGAAUUCGGUGGAGGCAUGCGGAGCUUCUCCUGCGAGGAGGAUUACAUCUACGAGAACAUCGAGAAUGAGCUUUACUUCUUCACCUCUCAGGAAUGGCAAAACAUCAUCAGGUACUGGCUGGAGAACCUGCGCGCCAAGCAGGGCGAGUCGCUGCACAACAUCCACUUCCUCGAGGGGCAGCCCAUCAACUAUUUUGGGGUGAAAAUCGCCAUGUACUUCGCCUGGCUGGGCUUCUACACCUCGGCCAUGGUGUACCCCGCUGUCUUCGGCUCCAUCCUCUACACCUUCACUGAGAGUGACCAGACCAGCCAGGACAUCUGCUGUGUGGUCUUCGCCAUCUUCAACGUCAUCUGGGCCACCCUCUUCCUCGAGGAGUGGAAGCGCCGUGGGGCCGAGUUUGCCUACAAGUGGGGGACGCUGGACACCCCGGCCGAGUCCAUCGAGGAGCCCCGGCCCCAGUUCAGGGGGUCACGGGGGGAGAAGAAGUGUUUGAAUGGGGGCUGCGGGGUGCCAGAGGAAGAGGAGGAGGAAGAAGAGCGGCGUGAGUCAGACUCGGAAGAGGAGAGCGCCCUGGACUGCGGGUUGAAGCUGAAGAAGGUGAGCUUCAUCGAGAAGGCGGAGCGGCGCGGCGGCGAGCCCGGCGGCCCCGAGGACGAGAGCUUCCUUGAGGAGGGCAGCCCCACCAUGGUGGAGAAGGGCAUGGACCCCGCGUCCGUCUUCGAGCUGUGCGAGGAUGAGGAGGAGGCCGAAGGUCCCCCCUGCAGCCCGGUCAAGGCGGUGGAGCCGGCAGUGAUCUCGCGGGCUGGUCGGAGGAGGCGGGCGGCUGAGAGCCGGGAGGAGGAGGAGGGUGAGGAGGAAGGGCGGAGGCGCAACCGGGCCUCCUGGAUCGACCCGCCGGAGGAAGACUACUCCACGCAGCUGACGCAGGCGGAGGUGGAGAGCUGCAUGAAGAAGUACGAGGACACCUUCCAGGACUACCAGGAGAUGUUCAUCCAGUUUGGCUAUGUGGUGCUCUUCUCCUCCGCCUUCCCCCUGGCCGCCAUGUGCGCCCUGGUGAACAACAUCAUCGAGAUCCGGAGCGACGCCUUCAAGCUGUGCACGGGGCUCCAGCGUCCCUUCGGCCAGCGGGUGGAGAGCAUCGGGCAGUGGCAGCACUUCGCUCUGUUCCUGAAGUACAUCAUCCAAGUGGCCAUCCCCGACAUCCCCGCCUGGGUGGCCGAGGAGAUGGCCAAGCUGGAGUACCAGCGCCGCGAGGCCUUCAAGAGUGUCCCCGGGGCUGGUGAGUCCAGCCGCGACGAGGCCAAGCCCGAGGUCGCCGGGCAGGACCCGGCCCAUGAGAAGAGCCAGAGCAAAGGGAAGGGCUCCGGGGGUUCCUCGCACGGCUCCGACAAGCCCAAGCGACCCAGCUCCCUCCUGGCCACCAACAACGUGAUGAAGCUGAAGCAGAUCAUCCCUCUGCAGGGCAAGUUCCUCUCUGGAGGGGCCGGGGCCGGCAGCACGGCCACCGCCAGGUCCCCCCAGUCCCCCACUGGCAGCGAAAACAAACUCCCCGGCUUCCUCAGCUUCAAGUUCCUGAAAUCCCCGGAGACUAAGCGGGACACAGGGACCGAGAAGGUCCAGUCGCCCACCAAGCCAUUCAAUCCCGGCAAGCUCUUCAAUUUUGGCAAGUCCGAAGGGGCCGGGGGCAACGGCGCUGCGGCCACUGCCUCCCCCCAGCUCCGGCCCGGCCCCUCGGCGGACACGGGAACAUCCCAGCGCUGGGAUUCACCGGAGAGCAAACGGGGACGAGUCGUCCCGGGGAUGUUUAUGGAGCUGGUGGCAACGAGGCAAAGUGGAACGUUACUGCCCGUCACCGGCGACGCCAGCGUCGAGGACCUCGCCAAAAAAUAA